CAACCGACAUCAAGGAGCGGCGUGAGAGCGCCGUUGGCUGCUCCGAGGCUUUCUCAUUUGUCUUCUCCGACCAUCUUUGAUUCUUCUCCCCACAUUUUUGCCUCUGGGCAUGCUACACUACUCGAAAAAUUGGUAGACAUCGCAUUUCCCAGCGACGACACUCGACCCGACUCCUUUCCUUUUGCCACGCACGACCGCAACAGUCCUCUCGACACCGGCGCCAACAAGCUGCCCGUGUAUCCCCCGGCUCCUAUCCACGCCGCGCCCACGAUGACUGCCGCGCUGCACGCGUCACGCCCCGAGCUCUCCAUGUACACCCACGCCCUCGACAUCGACUUUGGCAGCGACAACCGAUAUCCGAACCUUUCCGCCAGCCUGUCCGCCCAGAGGAACUCUCAGGUCGGCAACGCCGGGGGCUCGCGCCCGCAAUAUACGAACCAUAUGCUGCUGGGCACACCCGACAAGCCGGCGCUCGAGAGCUCAACCGGGACGCAUACCGAUGAUCAGGCCGCUCCCUGGCUUGGUGACAACGGCGCUAGUCGUCGCCCGACGCCCGAGCCACUGCCGCUAACCCAACCAGCUGAGCAGGCCUCGCCCGCCCAUAUACCGCUACCCCAGUCGCCCGCGCCCUUCCAGCAGAGCGUCGGCGCGCCCUACUCCUACGUCGACUCUCCACCGCGGCACCUCGCGGAGCGCAAUGUCGCCGCCGAAGAUACCCCACGUCCCUCCUCCCGCACGCCCGCUCCUGCCCUAGCCCCUGGUCCUGCUCAGGAUCGGCCGCGCAGCGCCACCCCGAACAACCCGUACUCCGACUCUGUGGCACCGCCGAACUCCCCUAUCCAGCGCCAGGCCGCCCUCGCGGCGGGCGCAUCUGGCGCGCGCAACGUCAGCGGAUCCUAUGGGGCGUCCAUGAUGGCGUCCGCCGGCUACAACCCUCCUGUAUCCCCGCGACCGCGUGCCUACGCCCAGCAGCCUACGUACGUCACGCCCGCCGCCGGUCCCAGUGCGCCCCAGGCGGCGCCUCAAGACAAUGGGGGCGAGGUCUGUCUCGAGUGCGCGAUGCGCGACCAGGAUAUGGCCGAUGUCGAUGUCACCAGCCCUGGCGUCUGGGAGCGGGCGAGCGACGCCGCGUACGAGGAUUUGAAGCAGCGGGAGGCCGAGGAGGAGGCGGCUGGCAUCGUCAACGAUGACCCCAAUCGGCCGCGCGCGCGGGGUGGUCUGCUAUCCGAGCAGAAUCUCAAAGUAUGGCUGACCAUGAACCCGAAAGAGCCGCAGGCGCGCCAACAGACGCUUGUCAAGUAUGUCAAGGCCCAGCGUGCCUUGCUGGAGGCGGAAGGCCUUGCGCACGCCCAGGCGAUGCAAGAGGCAAAGAUGCUCGAUAGCCGCGUACGCGACACCUACUCCCAACUGCGCCGCUCUGCGUACGAUAUCGGCGUCUCUCCCGCGCCUGCUGGGGAUACGACCGGUGUUCGCAUCAAGCCUCCCCGGUCACCAUCGCAGCCGCCAUUUGGCCACACGAAGUCCCACUCACGCGACGUGACCUUGUUGGAGAACGGCAUGAUUGUGGAACAUGUGGACGUGCGGAAGGAGGAACGCGAGGCGCGCGACCGCCGAAGGAAGGAGGAAAGGCGUGCGCGCAAGUCUUCGCGCGGCUCUGCUAUCGACGUCAUGUCGAUAGACCCCGGUCUUCGUCCGUCUUCACACUACUCUCUUGGGUCGCCACGCCCGAUGAGCAUAGUCACCUCGCCCCACGACCGGCCAGACUUACCCCGGGCCAUGUCCCAAGCGUCGUUCUCUGAUGUGCAGAGCAUGGGCACUCCGUCACCACGCAGGUCACGGUUCAUGGGUCUACGGCCAGGUUGGAUGAGUUCAGACAGCCUUGCCCCCUCUGGUAUGUCCGGCAGCAUGAUGGACAUGCAUGUCGCCCUUCAACGAGAACAGCAGUAUGGCACGUAUCCGCCGCCAGGUACUGUUGACCUCAACACGCCUCGACGUAGCCAAAUAUGGCCGCCACCUGACAUUGAGGUACAAGAGACCGAGUCCCAAUGCGCGACGGCGAAGAAGAAAAAGAAGGGCCUCGCUCGCGUCUGGCAGUUCGUCAAGGGUGGUCCAAAACACGAGGGCGAAGGCAGCAGCCGUCGACCAUCGCGCACGUACUCCCGACCUGAGGAUGAGCCUCUCGCGCCUCCGCCUCCCCUCUCGUAUCUCGUUGACCGACGGCCAGGUGAGCAAUUCAGCAGCGGCCGUCACGCCUCCACCCCGUCCUUGCCCUCUCUCGCCUCGCCGCAACUGGGCUAUUCAUCUGCUGGCGUCCCGUCGUCGACUGCGCCGUCUAGCGUCCUGCCCUCCCCCGACUCUUCCCGCCGAUCGGGCCCGUUUGACCUCGAUGCAGACAAACAGCGGCCCAACAGCGGAUCCGAGGAUGUCGAUGCGGAUCUGCGGCGGGCAGAUGGCGGCCGCCCGCGCAGCGUGCACCCGACGACGUCGGAGCCGGACAUGCGCUCGCGACUCUCGCAGAGCCUGACGGUCGUGCCGCAGGCGCAGCCUCUGCCGAGGCCGGGCACACAGGACGGGGCGUCGACCCUCAAGAGGGAGAAGACCUUGCCCCCGCUGCCGCCUGGUGAACGCCCGUCGCCGACUGAGGCCCGACCGCGGACGAUGUACACCUACGAUCCGCGAGGUGCGCCCAUGAUGCCCAUGGGUGCUUCCCCCACGAGCGAGUUCUUGCCUCCGCAGGCGCCCUUCCGCGAGACGGCGAUGCGCCGUCAGUCGUUCAGUGGUCUUUCUGCUCGGCCCCCUGUUGACAUGAGGACGAUGCCGGCUGGCAACCCGCGCGGCUUUGGCGCCCGGUAUAACGAGUUCGGCCACUCGCGCCGCUCGCUUGGUCGGCUGGACUACAUGCAGGACAAAGGCAUGGCCACUCCGCGCAACGUGUCCACGCCAUCAGGCAAGCGCAAGAGCCGCUUCCUGUCGUCGCUCUUCGGCAAGAAGCCGUCGAUGCCUGAGCGCGAGGUGUACGAUGACGCUCCGGUGUACCAGUGGCCGUCGAUGCGCAUGUCUGGCUCAGAAGGCCCGGAGGACGCCUUUACGAACGGGUAUGCGACCUCGAACUCGCGGCAUAGCGUGUUCAGCAACGGGCCGGUGAACAGGAUGUCGAUGAUGGGGCGCAAGCCGCUCGAGGAGCUGGUGGCGCAGGAUCCCCAGUUCGUCGCAUACCGGUACCCGUCGAGCGACCAACGACUCGACCUCCUUCGCUGAGGCGCGGCCCUCUCCCUCUACUCCAUAUAUUCUCCCUCCCGCUUGGUAAUCCCAUCCGCUCGGUGUUGACCCCAGCGGCUCACGGACCUCCCGAGAGGCACUGAAGUGUACUCUCAUGUAUAUCUGUUCAUGCAGCCCGUUGUUUAUUGCUCUCAAUCGCAUCCCGCGCCCCUUCGUUUUACAAUCUACAGGUUUCUCUCCUCUCGUCCCGAGUACAGCAUGUCUUUCACUUUCCGCCUCUAAUCGUUUAUCAGCCAGCAAACGGACCCUAUGGACGUGUACAUAGCACCGCAAUGGAGGUUCGCACUGACAGCAAUGCAAUGAAUUGUUAUGGGGAGGAGUGUCUGUC